AUGCUUAUCCACUCGUUUCUGUCAGCUACGUACUUUCUCUAUCUGCUCAGUGUAGAUUCUGAUGAAGAUACAGAAUCCGAGGAUGAUGAAGAGGAUUUUUACACUGCUGCCGAGUAUAUCAAACAACAAGAGCGAAUUCUGAUUCUUAAUGCUGCAAGUGGGCCAAAUAUAAAAGAAAAAAUCUAUUCCUGUCACUUGUGUGAUUUUAGAUCUGCUUAUGCAUCAGCUUUAAAAAAACACAUAAUGGCCCUUCAUACUAAAGAAAAGCCUCAUCCUUGUUCACAAUGUGAUUACAAAGCAAUAUCCAGCAAUCAUUUAAAGAGGCAUGUUAUGUUCCAGCACACUAAGGAAAGGCCUUACCCCUGCCCCCAUUGUGAGUACAGAGCUGUGCAAGCUGACCACAUCAAAAGGCAUAUUAUGUCCCAGCAUAGUAAAGAAAAGCCGCACCAGUGUCCCCAAUGUGAAUAUAGAGCAGUGCAAGCUGACCAUAUUAAAAGGCAUGUGCUAGUUCAUCAUAAGCAUGAGAAGCCUCUUCAGUGCCCUCAGUGUGAAUUUAGAGCUGUUCAAAGCAGCACCAUUAAAGUUCAUAUCACUGCUGUUCACAAAAAAGAAAAACCAUUCAAGUGUCCGGAUUGCGAAUACAGAGCCGUACAGAAAGGUCACAUACAAACCCAUAUAAUGGUCCAUCAUUCAAAAGAGAAGCCCUUCAAGUGCCCUCAGUGUGAGUAUAGAGCUGUGCAAUCGGGGCAUAUUAAAGCACAUCUAUCAGCAUUUCAUCUUAAAGAGAAACCUCACCAAUGUCCAAAAUGUGAAUUCCGUACCGGAUAUGUCAACAGUUUAAAACAACACAUCGCGCGGCAUAGAAGUGGCUUGGCACCCUAA